GAGGCUGAUAACUCAGAUGAUGACUCGGAAGAGACAACACCAGGACCAAGCACUCAGGGACAGCCCAAUAAAGGACGUGGGUUGAGCUGGAAGGCUACUCCAUUGACGCCAGACCUUGCCCAGUUUGAGCAUAAGGACGAAACUGAGCUUGACAGAGAUGGCUGGACCCCACUAAACUAUUUUGAACAGUAUAUAGAUAGAGAUUUGAUGAAAAUGAUUUCAGAUUGCUCUAAUGCUAUGUCAUUGUGUAGGAGUGGGGACCCACUCAACACCUCUGUAGAUGAGGUUUACCACUUUUUUGGUGCCUGUAUUCUGAUGUCCUGCAUCCGAUACCCAACAAUCAGGAUGUACUGGUCCCAAGCCUUGAGAAUCACUGCCAUCACUGACAGAUUCACGCGCGACAGAUUCUUCAGACUGAGGGGAUCAAUAAAAGUGCUAAUCGAUGAUGAUGUGCCAGAAGAUCUGAGGAAGAGGGACAAAUUCUGGAAGGUGAGGCCUUUUCUGGAUCGGAUUCUGCAAGGCUGCAAGUCUCAGAAUCGACCUGAAUGCGCAUCUAUUGAUGAGCAGAUGAUUCCUUUCACAGGAGCCUGUCCAUGCAGACAAUAUCUGCCAAUGAAGCCAAACCCAGUUGGCAUCAAGAACUUCGUUUGUGCUACAGCAGAUGGCAUUGUGCUGGACUUUGAUCUGUAUCAAGGUACAGGUGCACUGCUUGAGCAGGUCGAAGAAGAGGUGGGCCUGGGGUUGGGAGGCUUAGUCUUGGCUCGUCUGUGUCAAACUCUGCAUCGUGGCACAAAAGUGUAUUGUGACCGGUUCUUCACAAGCAUCCGAGGUGUGGAACAAAUGAUGAAGAAGGAGAUGUACAUUACUGGUACAAUAAUGAAGAACAGACUCGCUGGCGCGAAGGAGAAGCUACCCUCUGACAAAACCAUGAAAAACACAGGAAGAGGUACCUCAUCAGAACUUUCCACUGAAGACGGAAAGUUGUGUGUAGUGAAGUGGUAUGACAACAAACCAGUAUUGAUGAUGUCUGUUGUUCAUGGCACAGAGCCUGAAGACACCUGCCAGCGCUGGGACAAGAAAUUGAAACAGUAUGUGACUGUCUCGCGACCAAGCAUUGUCCGUGAGUACAACCUCAAGAUGGGUCGAGUGGAUUUGAUCGAUAGAAUGAUUAGCUACUAUCGCAUGAGCGCCCGUACUAAGAAGUGGACGAUGCGGAUGCUAAUGCACUUCACAGAUCUGGCUUUAGGUAACAGCUGGCUACUCUACCGCAAAGACCUCGCAAUAUGUGCUGCACCAAAGAAGAGCAUCAUGCAGUUCCUUGAGUUCCGUACAGAAAUUGCUACGACCCUCUUGGCCCAGCAUCACGGUCAAGGAAGCCAUGCAGACCUCUCUGAACAGUCAGAGGAAGAAGACAACUCAAAUGAAGGGAACAAACGUCCUGUGACGGCAGUGCCCCAUGUCUCGGUCCGCAGGAGGGCGAAUGCCCAUCUCCCAGAGAUGAUCAGCCUGAAGAACGCGGCGCGCUGCAGGGUAGCAGGCUGCACUGGAAGAACCCGAGUGCGUUGUGUGACCUGCAAAGUGUUCUUGUGCUUGCAAGGCGAUCGCAACUGUUACACAGCCUUUCACACAUAG